UGCCUGCCUGCCUGCCUGCCUGCCCGCCCGCUCGCCCGCCUGCCUGCUCGUGCGCUCCAGCCCCGGCUGCUGCUCGCCCGCGCCUGCUCGCCAUGGCCAUGCUCCUGGAGUACGAGUUCAAGACGCUGCCGGCCGACAAGCAGAUCGAAACGGAGCCGUUCCUGGACGCUGUCACCAUCCUGCCCCCCUUCUUCGAUUGCUUGGGCAACCCACUUGUGUACGCUCCGGUCAAAGCCGAUCUAGUUGGGAACAUAAAGAAAAUACGAGCUGUUUAUAAUACGAAUCCGACCAAGUUCAAAACGCUGCAGAACAUCUUGGAAGGGGAGAAGGAGAUGUACGGCUCCACCUGGCCCAAGGUCGGGGCGACGUUGGCGCUCAUGUGGCUGAAGAGGGGCCUGAAGUUCAUCCAGGUUUUGAUGCAGAGCCUUUGCGAUGGCGAUCGGGACGAGGAGAACCCCAACCUCAUCCGGGUCAACGCCACCAAAGCCUACGAGUUGGCGCUGAGGAAGUACCACGGCUGGAUGCUGCAGAGGCUUUUCUUGGGGUCUUUGUACGUUCUCCCGUACCGAUCGGAUCUCUUUAAAGCCCUCGAAAAAGGCAAAGUGGUGAAAGAGGAGGAGACGCUGGAAAAAAUCCACCAGUUCCUACAGAAAGCGACUCCCAUCCUGGAUGCAAUUUUUGAAAUGUACACAAAAAUGAACGCUGAACUCGACUACAAGGCUUGACGGGG